AUGGAGCUUAGGAAGGUACUUGAGGUUGAUAUGACGCCGCGGUCCUACGGCACUGUUUUGGUGGUUGGAGGCUGCGGUUUCUUGGGCUCGCGACUCGUGGACCAGCUGCUCAACUUCCCCUCGGAAGAAGCAGACACAGAGAGCAUUGCAGCAUCGCCCCAGCAGCGUCAAGCAACCAACGGGGCCAGGGACAACGGUGCUUCGAAGAAACCAGCCUCCUCCACUGACAUCCCGACCCCCAAUCCCGAGAAAUACGACCUCCACAACCUCCUCCCCUCUUCCUUCCCAUCCCUCCGCAGCCGCUACCCUCCCGUCGAUCAGGCCUCCACAUCUGUGCAUGUCCUGGACUUGAGAUGUACUCAACACCUCUUCGACGGUGCGACGUACUACUCGGCCGACAUUACCGACCCGAAUUCGCUCCUCGAAGUGUUCCGGAAAGUGAAACCCAACGUGGUCAUUAACACCGCCUCUCCGUCGUGGGAAGCCCCUCCGGCCAUCCUUAGAAAAGUGAACAUUGACGGGACACGGACACUACUGGAGGUUGCGGGCGGAAAGAAACACGGCGAUUGGGGCGGGUGUGUCGGGGCUUUCGUGCACGUCUCCAGCGCGAGUGUGGUGCACGACGGUGAAUCUGACUUGAUCAAUGCGGACGAACGAUACCCCUACGUGUGUCCAAAUCCCAAGGAAUACUACUCCGAGACCAAAGUCCUCGCGGAGAAGAUUGUGCUCGAGGCCAACGCCAACCCGGACUACAGUGUCGGCGGCAAGAUGUUGACCUGCGCAGUCCGUCCUGCAGGCAUCGUGGGUGAAGGUGACCGUGGGGGGUUCUCGGGGGCGAUUCUCAGGACGGCAGCAGUGGCUCCGAGUUGGCAACUCCAUAUCCAACUGGGAGACAAUGCCAAUCUGUUCGACAACACCUAUGUCUACAACGUGUGCUUCGGGCUGCUCUCCGCCGCGCAGGUCCUCCUCGAUGGUGGGUUGCGGAAGGGUGCACCGGCCAGUGACAAAGUCGAUGGCGAAGCAUUCAACGUCACGAACAACCAGCCCGCAUUCUUCUGGGACUCGUCGCGCUACCUCUUUUCGCGGUACGGCCGGACGAUUGACCCGAAUCGCAUUACGGCCCUCCCGACUUCCUUCGCCACUUUUGUCGGCGGUGCGGCGGAGCUGUUCAACCACUUCACGGGCAGAAAGGGCAAGCUCAAUCGCCAGACGGUCAAGUACGCCACCAUCUCGAGGUAUUACUCGUGCGAGAAGCUCAUGAAGAGGACUGGCUACGUGCCGGUGGUGGGCCUCGACGAGGGGUUUGCGAGGAGUGUGCACUGGUUCAAGCGAGAUGAAGAGCAGCAAUUGAGGGACAAAGGCGAGUGGAAGAAAGAACGGUAG